AUGGCAAGACAUGUGCAUACCACGUUUUCCUGCAUGCCCCAAAAUGAUUUUUGGGAUCAUCAAGACAACGGCAAAGACCAGUUGACCAAUUGUUGUGUCUUGAUUCUAACCAAAGACAAACUACCCAAGACAGUAGCUACUAGCUCAUUUCCAUUGUCAGUAGCAGGACUUUUUGGACAGAUUCCUGAAUAA